AUGGCCAUCUCGCAAUCUAUCGGCCGCUGCUCUCAGCUCAUUCGCGCACCCGCUAACGCUGCGCAGUGGAAGUCGUUUGACUUCUUCGACGUCUCUCAGGUGGCCGCUCCCGAAGCCGAGGCUGCCCAACUAUUCGAAAGCAACGAUGUUUCAAGCGUAUGCGCUGGCUCGGACAGCUUGUUCUUGGGAUCGGGCGAUGGAUCUGUCAGCAUUGUCGGCAAGAACUGGAAGGUGGUGAACAAAUUCCAGGCGCACGAGGCGGGACAAGUAACGCACAUGCGACAAGUUGAGGGAACCAGCAUACUUGUCACGGUUGCGGAAGACUUGAGCAGCGAACCGGUUCUGAAAGCUUGGGCACUUGAUAAGCUCGUCAAGAAGACAAACGUACCGACGUGUCUAAGUACAAUCACGAUCAGCAAUGGCAGGCGACAGUUCCCGAUCUCCGCCUUUGCUACCCUCGACGAUCUCUCUCAAAUUGCUGUCGGCUUUGCGAAUGGUACCGUCACGGUCAUUCGCGGCGAUUUGAUCCACGAUCUCGGAACGAAACAACGAAUAGUAUACGAAUCGGAAGAACCGGUCACCGGCGUGCAGCUAAUGGAAGACGAAAAGAUCACAACCCUCUUUGUGUCGACGACGUCCAGGAUACUGAAGCUUGGCUUGUCAAAGAGAGGCCAGGGACUUCCACCAAAAACGGUCGAAGACAGUGGUUGUGCUGUUGGAUGCAUGACUCUGGACCCUGUCACAGGUGACAUUGUCGUGGCAAGAGAGGAUGCCAUCUACACCUACAAAUUGGAUGGGCGUGGCCCCCCAAAGGCAUAUGAAUCACCGAAGAAGAUGAUUGCUGUACACCAGGAUUACAUGGCACUGGCUUGCCCACCGGUCACUAGCAAUGAGCCAGAUUCUAUACGUCGCCGCUUCACGAACGGGGCGGAUGGGCUAUUCGAUUCGUCUACUUUCGUGCUGCUCGAGCCAGAUCUACGCAUCAUCGCCCACACAGAGACUCUUAUUUCGCCUGUCAAGUUCAUCUUUGAGGUCUGGGGCGAUAUCUUUACGGUAACAGAGCAAGGAAAGGUCUACCGGUACCACGAAAAGUCAGUCCAGCAACGCUUGGAUAUGAUAUAUCAACGAAACAUGUUUCCACUAGCUUUGGAGCUCGCACGAAACUCUGGAAUGGAUAGCAAGGAACAGAGCGUUAUUUAUCGCAAGUUUGGCGAUCAUUUAUACCAAAAAGCCGACUAUGAUGGCUCCAUGGUACAGUAUAUUCGGGCAAUCGACACCACUGAACCUUCGCAGGUCAUUAGAAAGCUUAAAGACAAAGAGAAACUGGAAAAGUUUAUCGAAUCUCCUGGCGACCUGAAAUUCGAUCUUGACACAGCAAUCUCGAUGUGCAGACAAGGAGGCUACUACGAGCAAGCAGCUUACUUGGCAAAGAAGCACGGCGAAACAGAACUGGUGGUCGACAUUCUGAUUGAAGAUUCAAAAAAUCACGCCGCGGCGCUCGAAUGUAUUUGGCAUCAAGAUCCAGAAAUUGCGUACCCUUGCUUGCGAAAGUAUGCUCGAGUUCUCAUUGAGCAUUGUCCGAAGCCAGCGACCAAACUGUUUAGCGACUAUUAUACUGGUCGAUACAGGCCGAAGCGAACGCCCGUCGCCGUGGUUGAAAGUGCUGGUCACUCGUCGAACGCAUUCACCUCUGGCGCUGCCAGUGCUGUACAAAAUCUUUCAAAUCUCUUCACUCUGCCAUACAUCAGUCCUGCUUCAGCAACGGGCACACCGGCUGGUGCGAGACCAGCCGUGGAAGGUCUGCCCCCUAACGAAGAUGACUUUCCGCCUCCCAAAUACACGCCACCCGAGCCAAGAACGGCAUUCUCGUCGUUCAUCGAUCAUCCCGACGAGUUUAUCGUGUUUUUGGAAGCUUGUUUGGAGGAGAAAAAUAUUCAAACGUCGGACCAAACAGAUUUAUAUACAACCUUGUUCGAAAUGUAUCUGUAUAAGGCUGGUGAGAAGAAGGGCCUGCACAGAGAAGAGUGGGAAGCAAAGGCAAAAAAGCUGAUCGAGGGCGAGCAUGUCCCCAUGGAAAGCUCUAAUGUCUUGUUGCUAUCGCACUUGUCUAAUUUCAAGGACGGCGCUGUGUUGGUCAAAGAGCAGGCUGGAUUGUUGUCGGACAUAUUCCGGUCCUAUACCUCGGCGCGAGACACUCAAGGAGCGAUGAAAGCACUGCGAAAGUAUGGCCCUGAGGAACCUCAGUUGUAUCCCGCUGCCUUGGCAUACUUGACUUCGGAUCCGAAAAUUCUGGAAGAAGCAGGGCAAGACGAACUUGCGGGCAUCCUGGCUAAGAUUGACAAAGAUGGCUUGAUGGCCCCCUUGCAAGUUAUCCAGACAUUGGUUGGCCAGUCUGCCGGUGGUGGCUUUGCGACAAUGGGGAUGAUCAAGCCAUAUCUGCAGGAAACAAUCACUCGGGAGCGAAAACAGAUCUCGAGCAACCGUCACAGAAUCAGAACACUGCGGACUGACACAGAAAAACGACGCGCCGAGAUCGAAGAGCUGAACUCGAAACCUGCCAUAUUCCAGGCUACUCGAUGUACGGAAUGUGGCCAGGGGUUGGAUUUGCCAACCGUCCACUUUCUAUGCAAGCACAGUUUCCACGAAAGAUGCUUGCGGAGUGGUACAGAAGAAGGCGCCGAAUGCCCCAAGUGUGCGACUGGUAAUGAUAUGAUUCGCAAGAUUCGACGAGGCCAACAGGAAGAGGUGGAUAAACACGACCUCUUUAAGUCUGCUUUGGAGAGGAGCGAGGAUAAAUUUGGCACUAUUGCAGAGUGGUACUCACAUGGGGUGAUGGACGCGUCUCAAAAUGCAGAGCAUGCUCCGUAA